GUUUCAGUCGCCACUUUCCCGCCUCCGUGCGAGUUGUAAAGCCGCACUGAACUUGAGUGGGAUUUUCAACGAUUAUUUCGCGUUGUCGAGUGUGUAAAUUGACUUGGAUGUUGUUUAAAUUCACUUCUAAGUAGUUGUUGAAAUCUACAUAUUAUUUCGACUGUGUAUUUGUAUAACAUUAUAAGGUGAUCAAGUUUGUUUUAAAUUUUUUUUUCGUGAAAGUAUCGCAUGCAACGGAUUUAGUUAUCAUUAAGAAAAUGGCAGGCAACAUUGCCAGCAACCGCAAACAAGAGCGGUAAAAUUGUGUAUGGCCACUAAACGUGACCAAAUCGACGAUAAUAUGUAUGCUAUGAGUCCCUUAAUUGCUUCCAAUAUUAGACCCAAUAAUAUCAUAGAAAUCAUAAAUAGCACAGAGCCUAUUGUAGAAAACGUGAACGUAACGAGGACUAACAAAAGUUUUAACGAUGAAGAAUUUAUAUUUGAUAGAACAGAUGUUCGUGCUAUUUUUAUUACUUUAUACACAAUUGUCUUCUGUUGUUGUUUCUUCGGUAACCUGCUUGUGAUUUUAGUUGUAACACUUUCAAGGAGGCUACGGUCAAUAACCAAUUUCUUUCUGGCAAAUCUGGCUGUGGCAGAUUUAUGUGUGGGUGUGUUCUGCGUCUUCCAAAAUUUGACGAUUUAUCUUAUACCGAGUUGGGUAUUUGGAGACUUUCUUUGCAAGAUGUACCAGUUCGUUCACUCGUUGAGUUACACGGCGUCGAUCUUCAUACUGGUUGUUAUUUGUACCGAGAGAUAUUUCGCCAUAAUACAUCCCAUAACUUGCAAGCAAAUCCUUACAUCCACAAGGCUCAGGCUCGUGAUUCUCGGUGUAUGGAUAACGAGUGCUGCAUACAGUGCUCCGAAGUUUAUAUGGGUGGAGACGAUCCCAAACAACCUCGGCAACGGUCGUAUGGAGACCAUCUGUAUAUCGCACCGUCGAAAAUACAACUCGGAACUUUUCGACAUGGUCAACUUCGGAUUGCUCUACGUGACGCCGUUAUGCGUGAUGACGGUUCUAUACACAAGAAUUGCGGUGGGCCUGUGGCAGAGCUCCAAUAGUCUGCAACAGCUUGGCCGGGUGCAGUGUUGUGCAUCUCAAUGCCCCCGCUUUGAGAAAAGCGCGCAAACAAACUUCGAGCCCCAGCGAACGUUCAUCGGCACUACCGAAGCCAAGAAAUCCACAUUGGUGAAUAUCAAGAUCAGUAACCCAAAGAAAUGUCGUAAACACGAAUCGCCGAACUGCCAUCACCUCAGUCACUUAUCGCGCAACGUGCUGCGCGCGCGGCGUGGUGUCGUCCGAAUGCUCAUUGUGGUCGUUCUUACAUUCGCAAUAUGCAACUUGCCCUUCCACGCUAGAAAAAUGUGGCAAUACUGGUCCAGUGGCUACCAAGGCACCAGUGACUUCAGCACUCUGCUCACACCGCUUACCUUUCUUAUAACGUAUUUCAACUCUGGCAUUAAUCCUCUACUAUACGCAUUUUUGUCAAAAAACUUCAGAAAAGGCAUGAAGGAGCUAUUAUGUUGUAAAUAUCAUGGAAAAAGGAAAAGUGAGAAUUUAAUCUUACUUAAUCCUGUUGGGGGUGGAGCACUGAGGCGUAGCUCCACUCGGUCAACUCGAGCCAACUGCAGCACAGUCACGAUGGCACCAAAUGGGGACUCAUGAGAUUUGCGUCGCCGGCGUUUCCUGUACAAAGUGGAGAAUAUGGAUAUUUCCUGAUUAACGGAGAGCACCGAUGAGGUCACCGACAGCAGCGGAUUUUAUACCGUCUCCACUAUAUCAAAACGUGAUCUAUAUGAUUAAUAUAGACCAAAUUGAUCUAAAGGACAUUUUUCAGUGUUACCGUUUCAUUAGAAUUAAUAAUAGAAAAUCUUUAUUGGAAUAAAUUAUCUCCUUAAAUAGAAAUUAGUGAUCUCAUGAGCUUAAAAUACAAUAUUUUAUUACUGUAAAUGCAUGCAUAUUUUAAUAUCAUAUCAUAAGUGAUUAAUUAACUUUCAAAGUGUACAAAAUUAAAUAUAGGAAGUUUAAGAUAUGUGUAAAUAAAUUAAAUGUAUAUUGAAAGACUCGGAUUAAGUAUAAAAUAUUAAAACAGUUAGA